AUGACGGCUUGGUCAGAGCACUAUGUGUUUCCCACUGAGGAUGGCUGCGAAGCCACUAAACAAAAGGCAGGUGCACUUCCGGAUCUACUCAUUUUUCCCUUCGAGGAUUCAAUCAAGGAUGUGAUUCUGGAAGGCUGGGAGGAUGACUGGAUUUCAAAGGCUCGAUACACAGGCCCAAAGCUCCAAGAGCCCAAAAUCGACUUUGUCUACAACUGGAUAAAUGGAUCACAACAGGAACUGGUUGAUACCAUGCACCCUUACGAGGUCAACUCUACCUUGAAUGAUGAUGAAGGUAUCUGGGUCGCCUCGCAUGGUUUAAAUCGGUAUCGUGAAUGGGACGAAUUGCGUUACUCUAUGCGCAGUGUUCAAAAGUAUGCUGGCUCCUUCACGAAUCGUAUCCAGAUACUUGUGAACGCUUUCCAAAAGCCAAAAGCCAAUGGCAAGGCAAGCACGGUGGGAAAACAGCGUCCCCUCUGGCUCAAAGACGACGUCGAACAGGUCCAGGUCCUGUCUCAGGAGCAGUUUUUUGGACCCGAUGAGAAGAAAUGUCUACCUACCUAUGACUCUCUAACCAUCGAAAAUCAAUUGUACAACACCAAGUCAGAAACAGAUAGGCUUUUCGCGCUUUCUGAUGACAUGAUCCUUGGUAAACCGCAUGCUGCAUCUGAUCUUUACUCCCCUCUGUUUGGGCCUACACUAGGCUUCAAGGACAACGCAUACAACACGCUACAGCCGCCCUCGGAAGUGGACGCAUUACGAUUCGGCGAAAAGCCCUUCCUUAUCUAUACCUCAUGGUUGCUUAAUCGGCGUUUUGGCGCUCGCAAGCGGAAGGGUCAGGUACAUUUCGGCCACUCGCUCUCUCGUAGCAUCGCUCGAGAGGCUAUCUCCAGUUUUCCUCGGCCUGCAUUGCUUAGUGCUACUCAACGCUUUCGCGGCGAAACCGGGUUCCAGCUUUACUCGUGGUAUGUCAUGUUUCACUACACCAUGGAACGUCACCGCGAAGCGCUUCUAUGGAGCUACCUCAUGCUACGAUCUGAUAAGAAUGAGGAUGGCUACCUGUCCUGGCCUGAGCGCAAAGUUAUCCUUGGCCAUCUCGUCGAAGGUAUGAGUAACGAGUCACCCGAAGUAUACCGACGUCGUGAAUACUACCGAGUAAGCGAUCAUCUCGAAGAGGCGGGUCUCGAGCCUCCAAAGGUCAAUACAGAUAUCUUAUGGACAAGCCUAGACGGACCGGUGAUGAUCAAGGAUCUCGACUGCGAUGCUUUUGACACUGAAGACUGUCUCGCGCCGGGCUUCUCUAUGGCGUCGGCCGAUGCUCAAGCCCGCAGCCCCGUUUUCUCAUCUGCCGCAAUCUUUAAUCGAGUGGCCCGCGAAUCUCCUCGCUGUGGGGACUGUCUUAUCAAAUUGCUCCUUAACCGACAACGCGCAGGCCUCGCUCCUUUGCUUCCCUUAGCCAAGAAGCCUAAGCAGCGAGAGACGGUUAUCAAAGCGCUCAUGAAGUACCAGUAUACUGUUGUAGCACCAGAUGCAUCGUUUUACAUGGUUACGGAUGCAGAGCAGGCGAAACAUACCCUCCUUAAACCCUAUCUCAAGCGUGGCAGGCAGACGGGGCAGAUUUGCUUGAAUGAUGAUGUAGUCACUCAAGAUAGAGGAGAACUUGAUGCACUUCGAGAUGUCAUGCUCCAGCUGUUUGAAGGGUUAUUGCCCGAGCCAAGUACCUUUGAGAAAUAG